AUGGCAUCUAUGUUGCAAGACGGAAUUGAUAGACCUCGACCUGAAUUAUUGCAUUUUAGUGGAAUAGAGACUGAAUAUGUCCGGUUUAUCACUAACUUCAACUUAAAUAUUGAUAGAAGAGUUCAUGAUAAAAGUACAAAGUUGUCAUAUUUGGUGCAAUACUGCGAAGGUGAUGCGAGGGAACUGAUUAUGCACUGUACAAUGUUGCCACCCGAUGAAGGUUAUAAAGAGGCAUGCGAUUUGCUCAGAAAGACAUACCGUCGACCAAUGCUUGUGGCUAGAAAAUAUUCAGAAAAGUUGACUAAAGGACCAUGGUUGAAACCUGAAGAUAAUAAAGGUUUAUUACGUCUUUCUCAAACAUUAGCAGAAUGUUUAGUCACUUUGACUCAUUUGAAAUAUUUUGGGGAUUUGGAUAAUUUUGAUACUAUUUUGUCCAUCGUAUUACGACUUCCUCUCAAGUUGCAGAACAACUGGGAAGAAUCAGUGGCAGAAUUAGAUGGACAAGAUAGAGAAGUGAGAUUUAAAGAUCUUGUUCGAUUUAUGAAGAAAAAGGCUGCGGCUGCAAAUACGCCUUGUGGAAAAGCCCUGAGAGCUCGAAGGGAGCAAGAACAGCAAUAUCGUUUAUGA